AUUACAGUGCGGAGAGAUGCGGUGCGGGACUGGAGAUAAACGACGAUCGAAAAUCAACUAAGUGUGCUACGUCGUAUUAUUUUCAAUUUUAAGUUUAUUGCUUGAAAACAAAUGAAAUGGACAUGUCGUAAAUAGUACAAUAGACAUUUUUAUUUAAAAAAAAUUACGAAAAAUAAAAUUAAAGAAAAAGAACUUACUUUAAAAUGUUCGGAAAUACUACUAUUCUGUCAUCGGUGUCCGGUACCUUCCUGGGGCCUGUUUCAUGAAGCUAGAUUUCUUGCUUAGCCGGGUAACGUGUCGGGUUUAAUUUACCGCCGUUUAAAUUCAUUUUAUCUUCGAUCACUUACAUUUAGCCUAGACUACCUUCAAAUCCUACAAGUUAUGUGGCUAAAUGAGAAAUCCUGAUUCGUGAAACGGGCUCCUUGAAAAGGUUUAUUAAAAUUCGAACAAUUAAAACUGACAUGUUUAAUAAUAAUAGCGUGCAUUCACACAUAGUUACAUUGAAAAGAAUCACAUUGUGAGAUAUUGUAUUGGUUGUUAGGCAUAGUGAUUCUGCUUACAAUGUAAAAUUUGGGACAGUACUGUAAAAGUUAAUGUAUACAGCAGCUUCUGGUCCAGAGCAGACGAAGGCGGGAAGAAUGGAGACGAAGAUGCGCCUGCGAUUGAUGUCCUGUUUAGCCAAUAGAUAAGCUGUACGAACAGGUAACGUACGGCGAACGGUCCGGAUAUGGACCAAUCCAUUGCCGCCGUGGUGUGUGGGAGGGGCGCUCUAAAUUUGGACCAAUCGCCGGGCGCUGCUGGCGUCUUACUCACGUUCAUAGUAGUUGUAGUAAAUACUGAGAUCCGCGAGAGCAGGGCUGCCUUAUUGGAAUAAAAUACUGGCAUAAAACUCCUCCCGCGCCGCUUAGUUCGCCCUGUCGCUCGGAGCCUUUGGCCGGCGCAGAGUCCGACUCCCCCGGUCAUCGCACUUGGCGGGUUUUAUGCGGUAAUUCCAGCUGGGCCUGGUGGCUUUGUGGCCGGGUUGCGUGAGGCGGGCCCGCUUCUGCUCGCCGGUCCGGAUGCGCUUUUAAAGCGCCUUGUCGCCCCUCGCCGGAGUCCCGUUCCUCUGCACCGAGUCGGAGCGCCGCCCGGAGCCGCUUUGGACGGAGCGGCCGCCCUGGUCGCCCCCCGGCGCUAGCUGUCCGGCCGCUGCGGCGUCGCCGCCUGUACAUAUGUGGACACUUCUCCGUGACGGGGAGGCCUCUUAUUGCCGCGCGGGGGACACCGGUGUGGCCGAUGACGCUCGGCCUGUGGCCUCUAGAGGGGAGCUGAGGAACCGUGCUGUCCGUGUCUGGCCGCGCCCGACGAGGCUGGGCUGCCUUAUCUUGUGUGUGUCUGAGUUUUAAUGGUGUUUGUAUAACUGCCGUGAAGGCCGAUCAUAAACCGGUACGAAAAUGACCGACAUGAACAAAGACCUAGUGGAGCUAGUGUGGGGAAGGCCGAGCUGCAGCGCUGUGACGGAGACUCCCUUCAGGAGAUGGACGCAAGGGUUUGUCUUCAGCCAGACGGAGCCCAGCGCGCUGGAGCAACUGGAGGGCGGACCGUGUGCCGUGAUCGCCCCAGUGCAGGCCUUCCUACUGAAGAACGUCUUGUUUAAUUGCGAAGGCUCCAGCUGGCCAGAGAUUUCAGAGGAUGAACAGAAAGUCGCCCUCUGUCACACACUCAGUGAGAUCUUGGAAACCGCCUGUUUCCACAAGGCCGAGUCCUACUGCCUGGCCGUGUGGUCCAGAGCGAAGAUGCUGGAAGACUCGGAAAUCCCAGGCGGCCACCCAGAGUCCAGUCAGCCGACGGAGGGCCAGCAACCCUCUGCACUCGGGGCGGAUCAGCUUGGCUUUGAGCGGUUUCACGCCGUCAUUCAGAGGAGGACCCUGAAGACCGUGGAGGAGCUGAAGGAAGCUGUGCUGUCCUUCUAUGACAUGUGGAGGAACAAGUUUGGGGUGCUGCUCUUUCUGUACUCCGUCAUACUGACUAAGGGCAUUGAAAACAUAAAGAAUGAAAUUGAAGACACAUUAGAGCCUCUGAUUGAUCCGGUCUACGGCCACGGGAGUCAGAGUCUAAUCAACCUCCUCGUUACCGGACACGCCGUGUCCAAUGUGUGGGAUGGAGACAGAGAAUGCUCUGGAAUGAAGCUGCACGGCAUUCAUGAGCAGGCAACUGUGGGCUUCCUCACUCUGAUGGAGUCUCUACGCUACUGCAAGGUUGGUGCCUCUCUGAAGUCUCCCAAGUUCCCUGUUUGGAUUCUUGGCAGUGAGACUCACCUCUCUGUGUUUUUCACCAAGGAAAUGGCACUGGUAGCCCCAGAAUCACCAUCAGAACAAGCCAGGAGGGUUUUCCAGACGUUCGACCCAGAAGAUAACGGCUUCAUCCCAGAUUCCCUGCUGGAGGAUGUGAUGAAGGCCUUGGACCUCGUCUCUGAGCCAGAGUACGUGAACCUCAUGAAGAGUAAACUGGACCCUGAGGGACUGGGCGUCGUCUUACUGGGGCCUUUCUUACUGGAGUUCUUCCCCGAUCAGGACACAGGAAUCCCCGACUCCUUUCCGGUGUAUCACUACAACGGGCUUAAGCAGUCGAACCACAAUGAGAAGGUGGCCUAUGUGGAAGGAACCGCACUGGUGUUAGGGUUCGAGGACCCCAUGGUGCGGACAGACGACACACCUAUCAAGCGCUGCCUGCAGACCAAGUGGCCAUACAUCGAGCUGCUGUGGACCACGGACCGCUCCCCGUCGCUGAACUAACUGAGCCCCCCCCCCGCCCCCCCACCCGUGUACGGAUGCUGUAGCUUCACCUGGAAGCACACAGGCUCUCCUGGCCCAGAGCCGACUGCCUGCCAUGACACCUAAGCUCUACCUACACCUCCUUAUCUACUAGAGAGUUUCCCAAUCCAGCCCUUGAAGACUCACAGACAGUCAAGAUUUUUGCUCCCUACCUAGCUGGGAGGAAGCAAAAAUGUGGACUGUCUGACAUGGACCAGCAGUGAGUCCGUAAGGACCAGAUUGGGAAGCACUAUACUAGAUUAUUGUCUCCCUGUCAACCCCGGCCUCUCUGACCCAGUAUCCUGUCUUCUCCCCCCCCCCCCCCCCCCCCCCCUUCCUAAAGGGCUCAUUCUAUGUUUAACCUUCAUCCUUCCUUCCUUUUUUGCUCUUUUGUGUGGAUAUUUCGGUCGCCUGAUUCGAUCCGUUUAGCGCGAAAGCGUUUAUCCUGCUGAAAUGUGCGGCGUUGCCCUCACGUCGACUCACACUGUUAACACGCCUCCACUGGCCCCUCCGUGGGACCAUGUGACCCCAGCCUCUCGUUGGGCUCUUGCCGUCCGUGAGGAUGAGCACAUCGAUCAGGCGGCUUGUGUUUACCAGUGGUGCCCUGGAGCGGGGGGAGUGAGUGAGACUGAGGUGAGCUGCGACACCUGGCAUGAAAUCGGGAGUAAAUAUUAAUAAUCAGUCGGUAAUCACUAAAAGCUUUGGUUGUCAUGUUUUUUCCUUUGUCCAUCUAUUUAUUUUCUGCAUGAUGAAUCCGCGUUAUGUCAUAACCCACUACACCUGCGGCUUUAUUUAUUUUGGUCCUGCUGGCUUUCCCACAAUAAACUUUUUGGUUUUUGAGUUUUCUCCCCUCCCCCAUGGUUUCUUGAGGUGUGUGUGACCCCCCUACUUUAACUGCAGCCCAGUCCAGUUGCUUGGUCUCUUACCUCUCCCGCACGCUCUGGCUUUCAGGUCUGCCACACUUUCAUACAUAUUCAUGCAGUGCACAAAUUGAAAACACAUUUGAGCUGGUCCACUUAAAGUGGUGUGUAGUCACUACUGAAAUGGCAAACUUUUUUUUCUUUAUUUAAUAAAAAAAUUUAUCGUCUUUAUAGGGACUGUGACAGAACAUGAAUUAAUUUCCUCUGUACUUUACUGUUCAUGUGGUUCUUAAUGUACAUUAUCUUAAGGUUUUAUCUGUAGUGUUUGAAGAUUAAUGCCAUCGUAUUGGGGCCAGCAGGGGAAACUCAGAUCCUGUUAUACUGUGUGUAUGUAUGAGGGCACUGCAUCUGUUUUUGUCUCGGGUAAAUCAGCCCUGAACAUUCAUCUGGAAGCUGAUGGAGGCUCUGUGAAGGAUUUAUCCUGCCUGCUGAAGCUGGGCCUUUCACUAACACUUAAUUUUCUUAUGUUCCUCCAGUGAAGAAAAAGGUCCUAACCGCCAAAAUGUAAACGUGAAAUAAGAUGUUGGUUUAACGUCUCCAUUUUAGGUCUUCUGUGUACAUGAAGGUGAAGUUUUACAGUUUGUGAUUUACCGUUUAUCUCUGGCACUAGCUGUAUGCCGACGACGACCCUCUGUGCGACAUCUAUCACAUUAUUCUAGGCUCCUAUGUCAGUGUAAACAAAACUGGAAUAUUAAUUAGCAAAAUGUAACGGUCUCUUUCAGAAAGUAUAGUAAUAAUGAAAGAGAAAUUUCAGGCACGCAAAGUACAUUAUGUAAUCACUUAAAACAAAGUGUGUUCUUCAAUUAAAUGGUACAUUCGCAUCCUA